AUAGAGUGUACCCACGACUGAGAACAUUCAACCGCACUGUUCCAAGUCUUCUCUGAUACCACCUCCUCACUCCUCAGUCAAGAGUCAACCCCCUCAGCGAAAAGGGAAAUAAAGGACUAGAUCUAGGAAGCCGAUGCAUGCUCGAUCUCCAGGCGAAGAGGAUGGAGGCCGCCCUCUUGGGCGGGUUAAUCAGAGCUGUCGUGCCGAAGCUCCUCUCGCUGGCUGAUGAGAAGUACAAGCUGCAGAAGGGCGUCAAGAGAGGCAUCAAAUUCCUCGACAAGGAGCUUCGCAUGAUUAUCGGUUCCAUCGAUGAUGAGCUCUCCGAGCAGGCCGACGACCACGGGGCCGUGUCGGGCUUGUUGAUUGAAGACUUGCGCGAGCUGGCUUUCGGCAUAGAGGACUUCUUGGACAGCGUCAGGUAUCACGCUAUCUGGAAGCAGCAGCCGGCCUCGUUCCGCAAAAUUGUUCGACUCCCCAAGAAGAUGCUCGCUAGUCUGCAGUUCGCCGGCGAGGUGCAGCGGCUGAAGAAGCUGGCGAUGGAAGUAUAUGAGCGGAAGAAGAGAUAUACGGGUCAUGCACAGCAACAACCCUCUGCUGCUGCUUGGAUGGAUGAAUCGUCGUCGCCAGUAUUUGAUCCGCGCAACAUCUGUGACACAGAUCUAGUGGGCAUCGACGGGCUCCGGGCGGAUCUCUUGGAGCAGCUGUCAGAAGCCAAGGGGCAGUUGAAGGUGAUCGCCAUCGUCGGCUUCUGCGGCUUGGGGAAGACCGCCCUGACUGCCCAAGUGUACAAUAGAGAAAUCGGCGACAGAAGAUUCGAGAAACACGCAUGGGUUUGUGCCGCGGGCAAGCAGCCGACGGAGGUGCUGACACAGGUGCUCGGCGAACUCAAUGCCGAUUCCGCGGGUUCUUCUCAGGGCACGUCAAAGGAUCGACAGCUUUGUGAAGAUAUAAGAAAGCAGUUGCAUAACAAGAGGUAUUUAAUUGUGAUUGAUGACAUUCAAACAGAAGUUUUGUGGAGAAACAUCAAAUCAGCCUUCCCAGACGAUAAUGAUGUUUCAAGCAGAGUAGUGGUGACAACUACUAUUCAAUCAAUUGCUAAUGCCUGCAGCUCCUCUGAAAGCUAUGUGCACAAGAUGAGAAGACUUGAUGAGGAAUGCUCGAAACAACUGUUCUCCUUCAAAGCUUGCCCUAACGAAUAUUCCUGUUACAAGCAGCCGGAUUCAGCAGCAAUUUUGAAGAAAUGUGGCGGCCAGCCACUUGCUCUGGUAACUAUAGGUGAAUUCUUGCAAACACAGGGUUGGCCGAAAGGACCUUCAUGUGAAGAUAUAUGCAGCAAGUUACAUUAUCAUUUGAAGAAUGACAGAACUUUUGAAGCAAUGCGACGGGUGCUGAUCCGCAACUACACCAGUCUACCAAACCAUGCUUUGAAAGCCUGUUUGCUAUAUUUUGGUAUGUUCCCAUGUGAUUAUCAGAUCAAGAGAAAAAGCCUGUUGAGACUAUGGUUAGCUGAGGGAUUUGUAGAACUACAACCUUCAACUAGCACCCCGGAUCCUGCAACUGCUUUUGAUGCGCUCAAGGAUCGGAACAUCAUUGAGCCCAUUUAUGUAAGCAACAAUGAGACCGUGAAGACAUGCCAGACUUACGGCAUGAUGCAUGAGUUCAUUACGCACAUGUCAAUCUCUCAGAAAUUUGUCACUUUGCUUUGUGAUGAGAUGAACAAUGACAAAUAUGUUCGUCGUCUUUCUGUCCAUAAAAGCACUGCUACAGAUGGCAAUAAUUCAGAUUGUAAUUCUUUAUCUCUCGUUCGAUCUCUGACGGUUUUUGGGAAGCCUAGUGAAGCUAUUUUAGACUUCAGCAAGUAUCGCCUGCUUCGAGUCUUGGAUCUAGAAAAGUGUGAUGACUUGAAGGAUACUCAUGUCAAAAACAUAUGCUCUCUGCUGCUUUUGAAAUAUCUGAGCCUUGGAAAAAACAUUACCAAGCUUCCCAAGGAUAUUUCAAAACUGACAGUUUUGGAGACACUUGAUUUAAGGCAAUCUAUGGUAGCUGAGGUGCGGGCAGAAGUCUUCCUGAUGCCUUGUUUACUUCAUCUGUUUGGGAAGUUUAUGGUUCUCGAUGCCGUGGAUUUUCCCUCGCAAGGGAGAAGUGUCUUGCAGACACUAGCAGGAUUAAUCACUGACGGAAGACAAGGUUAUUUUAAUUUUAUGGAUUAUAUGACAAAAUUGAGAAAGGUGAAGGUUUGGUGUGUGUCAUCGGCAGGUGCAAGUGGUAACUGGACUGAUCUUCAGAAGGCCAUUCAGAAGUUCAUCCAUGAUAAAAAUGUAGCAAAUAUUGGUGAUCGUUCUCUAUCGCUUCAUUUUGACAAAUCCUUUAUUGACUCCCUCAAUUCCUUAAAAGAACCGUGUUACCUGAGCUCGCUGAAAUUACACGGCGAAUUGGAUGCAUUGCCUCAGUUUGUUAUUUCACUUCGUGGUCUCAAGGAGUUGUGCCUUACAUCUGUUAAAUGUACGAAGGGCCUUCUUGAAGCUUUGACCCUGCUGAGUAACUUGAAAUAUUUAAAACUGAUUGCUGAUGACCUUGAGAAGUUCACCAUAAAAGAUAAGGCAUUCCCCAGCUUGCUAUGUCUUUGUUUUGUGCUGCAACAUCCAACACAUCCAACACUUCCAACAAUUCAAGAAGGAUCUAUGCCAUUCCUCAACACACUUCAGCUGCUCUGUAAGGGUCUACAUGGCCUUUGCGGUAUCAAAAUAGAAUAUCUGAAAGUCCUUAAGGAGGUUAUUCUUGAUGAUAGGGUUGAUUCAGAUACAUGGGGGGAAUGGGAAGAGGCUGCUAAGGAACAUCCAAAUAAGCCAAAAGUUUUGCCAUCCAAAAUAGCUGACACUUCGAAAAGGGAGCCUAAAGCUGAAAUUUCAAAAAGGAAACCUACAGAAGAUUCUGAUGUUUUGGUGCCAACCAGAAUUAAGUUUACAGAAAAUUCUGUUGCAUCAGUGGGAUCCGUACAAGACACAGGCAGUAGUAGGAUAGUAAAUCAAGGAUAUUCUGUUGCGUCAAUGGGAUCCACACAAGACACGGGCAGUAGUAUGCUAGUAAACCAAGGAUUAGACUCAUCUGCUCAACCAAAGAUACAUAAUAUUCGUGCAGUUCAAGCAAGCUCAGAUGGUGGAUCGUAUUCUUCUUCCAAUCAUAUGGGAGUUUUUGAGGUUCCUCCUAUGACCAAUUUAUCAGAAACAGCUAGUAAAGCAGAAAGUGAGCAUGCGGGCAAUUGUGUUCCAGUAGAGCUAACCAAAGUUGACUCUGCAAACAAUUCUGUUUCUCCAAAUGAAACAAUAGAACAGACUGACACUCCAAUUCCAGUUAACCAAAAACUGGGUUCCUCUUAUGGGCCAAACAGCCAGAAUAGUUUUGCAGAUAUACAAAAUCAUGCUUUCAAGAGUAUGGAGGUUUCAGAAGAUUCUGUUUCAACUGAGUUGUCAAUUACUGGGCAUGGCAUGGUGCCUUCUCAUACGCUGCAAGGAUGCUGAUGAGCUGAUCCUCAGUAAUAUGCAAUAUCAUAUACCUUAAUUUUUCUUAUUAUUUUCAAUCAUUUCCCAUCCACAUUUGUUCAAGUAUAUCCCAAACUUUUGUAAAGUCCAUCACUGGCUGUUGGCGAAAUUAGAGGGAUUCCCGCUUGACUGUUUUUCUAAUAGAAUAAGGUAGUCAAAUUGCCAUCCUAUAUUAUAUGAUGGAUUUAUUCAUUUAAAAACUUGCUAUCACACCGACUUACGAAUUGACAUAACUGAUGAGAAUGUGAUGGAAAUGUAUUAAUUAUA